AUAUAUAAUGUAUUUAAACAUAUACUGUGUUUGUAUGUUUAUUGCCUCAUUCCGUCAUACAUGACCUAUUUUUCAACAUAACCUUGUGAAGUAAUUGUAUUAUUGGAACCAACCCAAUUAUCUACAACUGACAUCCAACGCGUUCUUUUAAGUAAAUCUUUACGUCUAGUGUAUUGAAAAUUAAGUUUAUUUUACCCCUCAUAAUAUAUUCACGAUAUGUAAAUAUAAAUGUUAUAUCCAAAACUAAAUUUAGGCACAACGAAACUAGUAAAACACAAACAUGUUUGGGAACAAUAAUAUGGCUGACAGACGCGAAUCAGCUGAUGGAUGCGACAGCGGCGUCUACCCAGUCUGCCUGCUGCAAUAAUGACCUAGAUCAUCUUCACUGGGUGCUCCAAGCCUUACCUUACUCAUAAGUGAAGGUGCGGGAUGGAGGCAGAGAAAGUGACUGAGUUCAUUUCCUACACACAAGCUGACCCAGUCCUCGCUCGACAAAUUCUGCAGAGCGAGAACUGGGAUGUUAAGGCUGCUGUACGGUUAUUUUCGGUGCUAAGAGGGGCCAGUCCCUUUCAUCACUCAGGGCCAGUGCGAUCAUCUCCACCCAACUUCAGUUCUUCAGUUAAACCUCCAGUAGCUCCUAAACCCAUCUAUGAGCAUAAGCCCACUUAUGACACCAGACAUUUAGCUGAAGGAAGAUCAUCUAGUGGCUCCAAAUUGGCACCUCUCCCACCGCCAAGAGUGAGAAAGGUGGGAGCCCUGCCCAAGCUCUAUCAUGAAGGACAGUCUGGGGUACCAAUGUUAACACAUGUUUUGCCUUCAGUGGGCCCAGAUGUUCUUCCUGUAGCAAAUAUUUUAGUUGAGCCAUACAGUAAGAGCAUUAACACUACACGAGUCAAUAGUUUACCACCCUUACAAAAAUGCUGCGGCAGUGUGAACCGUUCUGUGAACUUCUGUCAAGGGCCGGAUUUUUCUUCUUGUACAACCCCAGUGGCAACUUCUUCAGUGCCUAGUAUAAAUAAAUAUCCGUCAAAACCUCAAAGUGGAAGUGCAAAGAAUGCGCUUCUUAAAGAAAAAGUUCGUGGCACAUCCGCAAGCUUCCUAGAAAGCCAAAGGAACUCUGUACAUGAUGGCACUUCCAGAUCUUCCUCCGUACCACAUAGCUCGACAAUUCCUUCGCAAAUAACUGUUAAUAGUAGCUGUAUAAUAAGUGUCAACAAUCCCAAUAAUAAUACCAAUAAAAACAAUAAUAUAUAUUUAAAUGACUUUUCACCAUCUGUGAAUGACUCAGGAACCCUUUCCACUGCAAGCCAGACAACGAACAGUGUUUACAAUGCUUCAUCUCACUCAUCACCUUUGUCAUAUUCUAUGCAGGCUGCUUCCAAAGACUCGCCAUAUUCAUCAUCAGCUGUGCCUUUUGUCACUGGUCCGUCAAGUGUGAUUAUCUCCUCAAUCACUAGUAGUAUUGAUACAAAUACAAGAGACUCCAAGUUAGUGCGAAUUAUAAAUGUAGAUUCCUCAAAAGACUACCUGUGUCCUCCUGGCUUUAAGGAUAGAAGUGACCGAGAAGCUAAUUGUGUAUGUGACUGUCAGGAAUCUCGCUUGCCAGAGAAAAAUACUAAUCAUAAAGACCUUCCAUUGACUGAAAAUGUAACUAAUAAAAUUAUAGAUGGGGAGAGGUUUUCAAGUGAUGAAACUGAUUGUGUGUUGCGGCCUGAGGUGUCCAAUCUUGUUAGCUCAGGGUCGGGACCUUCACUCUCUGCCCCAUGUUCACCAGCCAAACCAUUGCUGCGGAAAACAGAAGCUGUAGAUUUGGAGGAGUAUGAUUAUUACAAAAAAUUGAGCCGAGGGAUAUCUAAGGCUACUGACAAUGUAAAUAUUGUAUCUAAGGCUCGGUCUGAAUUUGCACAAGAGAUCUGGGAAGCAAUAGAUUCCAGCCGUACUCCAUUUUUCAUAGAAACUCCUAUUUUCACUUUUACAUUACCAGACCUUAGCAUAUAUUCAGAUGAAUUUCGCUUGUUUUUGGAGAGAGAUCUGAUUGAGACAUCAACCUUGGUAUCCCUGGAGGGUGCUGGACGCCUAAAUUGGUGGGCUCUAAUUGGCGCUUCCCAAAGGUUGUGGCCUUUGGCAACUACUGGUGAUGGCAACUGUCUCCUGCAUGCUGCAUCACUUGGAAUGUGGGGGUUUCAUGACCGUUUGCUAACCCUUCGCAAAGCUUUACAUGAAUUUUUAACCCGAAGUCAAUUUAGUCGUCCACUGUGGCGGCGAUGGCGGUGGCAAGUUGCACAGCAGAACAGGGAGACAGGUAUUUUCACAGGUUUGGUGUAUAGUAAUGAAGAGUGGGAAACAGAAUGGGCAAAUGUUCUUCGGUUGGCCUCUAGUGCUCCGCGUGGCAGCCAAGACAGUGGUGGAGAGGGCAGCUCUGACAGCAGUCAGAAAACAAAAGGGCAAACCAACACAUGUUCUAAGGCUGAUUCUCCCCCUGCAUGCAAGAGAUUAAGUAAUGGAUUUCAAACAAGCCAAAGUGAAGACUGCACAGGACAUGUUUAUGAGAGCUUAGAAGAGAUACAUGUAUUGGCUUUGGCCCAUGUCCUUCGACGACCUAUUAUUGUGGUAGCUGACAUAACCCUGAAGGAUGUCAGUGGUGAACCAUUAGCUCCCAUCCCUUUUGGUGGGGUAUACCUUCCCUUGGAGUGUCCUCCACGCGAGUGUCAACGCUCUCCGCUGCUUUUGACGUAUGACGCUGCUCAUUUCUCUGCUCUGGUUGUUAUGGAAACACAGGCAGAAUGUAGUGCCUCUCAGCUUCCUGCUGUGGUUCCCUUGACUGACUGUUGCCAUGAGCUGCUACCUAUCCAAUUUGUGAUUGACCCUGGGGAAGACUUUGUGUGGGGACAAGAUGACCAAAACCCAAUAAUUGUACAGAAGCUCACCAUAACUAAUCAUGAUCAAGUUGGACUCCUCAAUGAAUAUCUUGAUGUAACCCAGGUGCCAAUCCCACCAGGUUAUCUUGAGGCUUGUCAGGCAGUGGACGAAGCCGACUCACCUGAGAAUUAUCACCCAGAGAUUGAGAAAAAAUCUUCAGAGUCAAGUUUUGACUCUGAUGAAGGCCCUCCAUUCAUAGAUGGAGCAAGUGGGAUUUUUGCAAGUAAAAGCAAGGCCUCUAAGCAGCUACAAACGGUUGCAAAGCAAUUUGGAAGUAUUGGUAAGACAAUGUCAAAAAAGAUUAAAAAGAAUUUUGGUACUUUGUCAAAACUGGGUCGGACUGGGUCAUUUAAGAAAAAAGACGAAUAUAUAAAAACUUGCAGUGUGACAAAAAAUGGCCGCAUGCUGAAAGUUUCCACACAUCAGAAUUACAUUUUAGCAGCUAUGAUUCACACUGAAAAGCGCCAUGCAUACCAAGAAGAAAUGGUGCGCAACUAUCUCAAUACUGCACGUCGUAGGUUUGAAAAGGAUGCAGAAUUGAAGAAGAGACAAGAGGAGGAGAUAAAGCAAUUAAAACUAGAACAGUUGGAGCAUCAAUCUGAAAUGGAGGGCCCUGUGCAGUGUAUUAAUCCUGGCUGCAACAUGUAUGGCACAGCACUUACAUCUUACAUGUGCUCAUCGUGCUUUUCCAAGCAAAAAGAGCAAGAGCAAAAGUACAAGCGACAGACAACAGGCAAUCUAAAUUCCCCCAAAUCAACACAUUUCCGGGCUGAUGGGCCACAGUAUGGGGCUGGGAAGUCCAAAUUUUAUGCUGAGCUGGAUGCUGCAUCAGCAUCAGAUGCAUCAAAAAUUCCAGUUAUCCAACCUUUGUCCUCUAAAAAAGAUGGUACAUUAUAUUUAUCUAAUUCUACUUUCUACAGUGAUAGUUCUACAGUUCCUAGCUAUAACAUUGCUAAAUCUCAGUCUGCUGGUCCAACCAAUGUUAGCUCUGUAUGCACCAAUACUCAUUCAGUGGAACCAGAUUUGCCCUUGCAGCUUUCACCUGCUACUGUCAUAACAACCACAAUGGGCUGCCAGAGCUCAGAAACCUUUACACCUGUUGCUAUAGAUGAUGUGAAUGUCAGUGUCCGAGGAGAGGACAGGUCUGACAGUCCAUCACAGCCUUGUCUAACACGAGACUGUAAGUUUUAUGGAAGUUGUUCAACCGGUGGAUAUUGCUCUCGGUGUUACCAGGAAAAUAACAGCAAAGGUCACAAAAAUGUGAUGGUGCAGCAGAUAAAGUCUGUCCAACUAUAGGCUUUCGCCACUUAAUGUCGUGUGCUUUAAUUUAACAUUGAAUGUUUAUUGUUUUGACAGUUUUGGUGUUUAACCCCCAUUUAUAGAAUUGUUUAGGUAUAUUUUAUCUAGUCAUAGUGCCAUAAUUAUUGAGAGUUCUGUUAAAUGUUUAACCCAGUGAUGUUUUUAGUAAAAGUGAAAAUGCACUUACCUUAACAUUUGUUGAGGAUAGAUGUGCCUUUGAUACAUAAAGAUGCAGUAACAAUUUCCUCAGAUUAGCAGGGAGUGUGGAAUGAUAGAAAAUACCAAGGUUCUUGUGGUAAUAAAAAGGAAAAUAGUGUACAGAACAGUGGUAAUUGGGUCAAGGUGCCUAGUUUCAGUGGUACUGAAAGCUUAAAGAAGAAGCCCAUCAUAGAUGGAUACUGUAUUGUGAUUUUUAGAAAGUUGAGCAAAAAUAAUUAUCUCAUUUGGAAUUGAAUGUGUUGUGCAUUGUUACAACAUUUUGUUUUCAUCAGGUAGCAAAUUAAAAUGAAUUGCCAUACUGGUAUGGUAUUGUAAAUGUGCAUAUACAAAGGUAUGUUAAUUCUGCAUUAAAUUUCAUCUCUACAUAAGAUUAGUAGUAAUUGGAAUUAUUCGCUAGAAGCAGCAGCUCAUGUUUAACAUGAGUUUUAGUACUUUAUAUACUCUACAUAUUACAUUUUGACAGCAUAUUAUUUUUUCCAACAUUUCAUUUUAUUUGCAUUUUACUUUUAAAAUAAGGUUAUGAGUAUUGAUUUAUUAUCAAUAAAUGGAAAAUUCUUAAUUUGUUAAAUGACCAUUUGAAAAAAAAAUUUAUCUUUUCAGUAAGGUACUACGUAUAUAUGUUAUAUUAUUAAUUUUCUUAAAUAUGUUAAUCUUCUUGCAACCCAUUUACCAUACCCAUUCCUCUCUCUAUUUUAUGUUAAGGAUAUACACCCUAACCUACUUGAAAAUGUUAAUAAUUUAAGAUAUGUAAUUAAGAUAGCAUGGUAAAAUGAGAAGGCAUAUCCACAGUUGUUGGUGAAGUCUCAUUUGAAUUUGUGUAACCUGCAUGACAUCCAUUAUUGUUGUGUAUUUUACACAUACAUUUAUACAUUUCACCAACAAGUGCUGUAAUAACACUAGCAAAUUCUCAAGUGACAGCUAAAAACAUUGAUUGCAUUUGAUGAAUUUUGACUGUCAAAUAUAACUGCUAUUAUAUUUUACAGGACAGCAUGAAAUCAUGUCCAGUUAUUAAUAUCUUGAGAUAGUGAGGAACACUACAAAUGGUCAUUAAUGGGCUUAACGGCAGCAAAGGCAGGCGUUUGGGACGAGAGGAUCCUAACCAAGAGAGGAAUGGGUUGAUGCAAAUUAAUCUGGUGCACUAUUACUACCUCCAGUUGAAUGUCAUUUAGGUUUAUAAAGGUAUAUUUUGUAUUAACAUUGAUUAUCAACUGUGGUUUUUUAAAGAAUUAGUUUGCAUAUCAAGAAUUAUGUGUGUGUGUGUGUGCAUAUUUUCAAUUGUUAAUGAUUGGUAUUACAGUCCUUUGGAUUUGGUGAUGUGAGUGUAAAAUAUAUAUAUAUAUUUUCUUACUGUAUUGUGCUGCCUAAAGUGAAUAUAAUAUUAAGGCAGGCAUCUCAGUAGCUUAGAUGUAUGCAAUUGCAAUUGGUAGGCAUACAUGUAAUGGACUAUUGCAUCUUGUCUCACUAAUUUUCUUCACCAUGUAGAUUCUUUGAGAGAAUUUUAGCAAAUGCCCAAGCAAUCUUUCAUUAUAUGAUACAAUACCGUAUGUGUGUGUAUAUAAAUAUAUGCAUGUGUAAUUACCUAAGUGUAGUUACAAGAUGAGAGCUAUGCUCAUGGUGUCCCAUCUUCCCAGCACUCUGUCAUAUAACGCUUUGAAAUUACU